CAACAGAACUUCACUUUCGACACAGAUGAGAGCAGGUUGAAUGAGCGCGAGGUGGCAGUAAAGACAGAGUUAUGAAAGUUGAAUUCCACAAAGAAUGACGCACACGUGGAACUAGAACUGGAUUCGGUGAGAAUUAAAGUCAAAAGACUGCAAUUGGAGGAGCUCGCCAUCUACGAGCCGCGAAUAAAACCAUUCCGGCAACGCAAGGGAUCUCGACGACAAAGAAACGUUGGUUGCAAAAGCCGCAUACGUGACAAACCGAAAAGGACCAAAAAGAUGCGAGUAGUUUCAACCGGGACUACUCAGUCGUCUAAUGGAGAUCAACCUUUCAAUUACAUGCUAUUUGUUUCACUUGUAAUUGCAGUUGUGUUCAUGGCGUUGGCACUACAGUACCCCAUUUGCCAUUUGUAUCGUUGCCAUUGCGUGUGUAAAUAA